AUGGCAUAUAUUGAAUUGAAGGUGCGUUCAAAUAAAGAUUUUUUUUCCUCAAAUUUUACCAAGAUCAGAAUCAUUUCAGUUGUAAAAAAAAUGUCAGACCUAAGCGAUGUGAUAGAUAAGACGGUAGAGGUCGACGAGGAAGAGCUCAUUAAACUGCAAGAUGAGGAAUUCUUGGCUGAACAGGACAAAAAGUUUGAAGACCUUCGUUUGAAGCUACAGUCUUUGAAAGACGAAAACAAGAGACAAAUCGACACUAUUAUCAAUAGUUUGGAUCAACUAAUGGCUGAGAAAAAUCACAUAGAUGAGACAUUGAAAAAUAUUAACAGUGUGAGCGAUCACAUUGACAAUAACUUAGCAGUUGAUUCAAAGCAUUUUAGAGUGGUAGAUUACCUUGCUAAAGUUACGGGGUACAGUGACUCUGAUGACAUUGUUUUAAGCACAGAAGCAUCUAGAGAUGCAAACCAGAAAAUAAAAACUGAUGGCUCGGAUGAUUGUAAACUAAAGGAAAUGGAAGUUGUAGAUGACAUAAAAACAGACGAAACAAAAGAAAGUACCAACGAAAACUGUGAUAGCAAUGAAAAAUCUGAAGAUUCUAAAGUGGAUGUUAAAGAUUCAGCAAAUGAAGUUUUGAACAGAACAGAGCCUGCAAAAGACUGAAGCAUUCAGUGCAUGAUAAUUUUCGAUGAAUUGGCAAUGUCUUGGAUACAUUUUAAGGCUUGUGUUUAAUAAUUAGACAAAAAUAUUAUUUGCAAGCGUUAGAAAUAAUGACUACCUUUAAGAUUCAUGAAAUUAGUGAUUUUAAUUCAAAUUUUCUUUUUUUGUAAAUUAACUUAUUUUUUUUAAUCAUAAAAAACCAGCAAACUCAAGGUAUGAUGUAAUAUUUCUUAAACUUGUACAUAUACAUU